AUGUAUAAUGGAAUAGGCUUACCAACUCCUCGAGGCAGUGGGACGAAUGGAUAUGUUCAGAAAAAUUUGGCCUUCAUUAGUAAUUUCAAAGAGCAAAACCCUUACAAAACAGAGGAAGAUAUCAAGAGAGCAGAUGCUCUGCUGUUCAAGGAACCAAAUAAAGAAAUACUAGAGCAUGAACGAAAACGAAAAAUUGAAGUGAAAUGUUUUGAGAUGGAACAAGAAAUGGAGGAACAAGGGUACACGCAAAGCGAAAUUGAGUUUAGGGUCAGUGGUUUUCGCAAAAAGUUGCUGGAUGAGUUAAAGGCCUCCGAAAUAAAAAAAACUCCCAAUGUGGAGCCAUUCGAAAUCUCUCAAUCUGAACACGGUAAAUUGCUACCGAAAGGGACCCAUGAAAAUGCUGCUGUAAAUAUCCUUAAAAACACAAUUUUUAAAGAGGCCCUUGGAAUCGGGGAACAAUUUCAAGAUGGGAAUUCCGUAGAUUUGGCCGUUCAGCGAAGAAAAGAUGACGCAGAAACGAAGCGUCUAGUCGAGGCACAAAAGGAAAUGAAAACGUUGGAUAGUUCAGAUGAUGAUGGUGAAGUCAGUAGUAGUAUUAGUAGUCAUUCCAAAGAUAACUUAAAACAACAACAUAAGAAGAAGAAAAAGGAGAAAAAGAAAAAGAAAUCAGUUAAGAAGAGAAAACGUUCACUAUCUGGUGAUGAUGAUAAUGAUGUUGGUGAACUUAAUUUCACUUCAAGUUCUAUGACAUAUCAUCACACAAAUGAUGAACGAACUCGUCAUAAACAAUAUCAUGAACAGGAACCACAACAGGAGCACAGAUCAACCAAGCAUAGAUUACAUUCAAAAAAGCAUAAAAAUUCUCACUCAAAAGAACGGCGACACCAUCAUCACCAUUGA